UGGCUCGAGGAGGUGGAGGGGUAGGGGGAACAAUGGGUGGGGGCGGGGCUCCCGUGUCCGCGCGCCUGGCCUGCAGGCUGGGACCCGAGGACGUCACCGCGGAGCAGGAUGAUGCCUAUUGGCUGAUUCAGGCAGGGUUCCAUUGUGAACGUCACAAUGCGGAAGUUGGACAUUGAGCUUCAGACUAAAACUUCCUCCUGUGUCCAACAUCUGAUAUUAGAAGAGAGGACUUGCAGACAGAAAUCUCAAACCAAACAUCACAUCAAGAUCUGAUCCAGCAACUCAUUUCUCUGAAGUCUGAAUAUCACCUGCAUUUGAAUCCAGGAGGAGAAAUGUUUGUCUGCUCUGUCUGCCUCAAUAGUUUCAAACAUCAGUGCGACUGGAAAAGCACCAAGACACACACACCCUAGUGAGAAUGUUCCAAUACACUGACUGUGGAAAGAGCUUUAACCAGUUGCACCACCUGUUUAUACUACUCACAGUGGGGAGAGACCGUAUGCAUGUUCAGUGUGGAUGAAGCUUCAACUGACCCUCGAAACUGGAGAGCCACAAGCACACCCGCACCAUGGAGAAACCGUGGAAAUGUGGGGACUGUGGGAAGGGUUUCAAAGCGCCAUCUGAGCUGGAGAUUCAUCGACGCAGUCACACCGGGGAAAGGCCAUUCAAUUGCUCCGUGUGUGGGAAGGGAUUCAGUCAUUUAUUCGCCUUGCAAAGACACCAAGGAGUUCAUACUGGGGAGAGGCCAUUCAGCUGCUCUGACUGUGGGAAAGGAUUCAGUCAUUCAUCUGCCCUGCUGAGACACCAGCGAGUUCAUGCUGGGGAGAGGCCGUUCACCUGCACGAAGUGUGGGAAGGGAUUCACUCAGUCAUCCCACCUGCAGACACACCAGCGAAUUCACACUGGGGAGAGGCCUUUUACCUGCUCUGAGUGUGGGAAGGGAUUCAGUGAUUCAUCCACACUGCGGACACACCAGCGAGUUCACACUGGGGAGAGGCCAUUCAUCUGCUCGGAGUGUGGGAAGGGAUUCACUAUGUCAAGCUACUUGCUGAGACACCAGCGAGUUCACACUGGGGAGAGGCCAUUUGCCUGCUCUGUGUGUGGGAAAGGAUUCACUCUGUUAUCCAACCUGCAGGCACACCAACGAGUUCACACUGGGGAGAGGCCGUUUAUCUGCCCGGUGUGUGGGAAAGGAUUCACUCAGAUAUUCAACCUGCAGACACACCAGCGAGUUCACACUGGUGAGAGACCAUUCAACUGCUCUGAGUGUGGGAAGGGAUUCAGUGAUUCAUCCAACCUGCGGAGACACCAACGAGUUCACACCGGGAGAAGGCCAUUCACCUGCUCCAUAUGUGGGAAAGGAUUCACUCUGUUAUUCAACCUGCAGAAGCACCAGCGAGUUCACAAGUGAUUGCAGGAGUUGGUUUCUGCUGUUAUUGCUGCUGUUAAUCACAUCCAGGACUGAACUAUGUUCAUUCUGGCAGGUGGUGAAGUGGGAGAGUCGGAGGGUUUCUUUCUGCUGGACUGGCCAGUCUCACGACUUUGCUUCCAGUGGGCUGAUGCUCUUUGAGCCUGGGAGUGCACAUUUCCACUGAAAUGAUCCACAAAAGCUGAUGAAGGACAUUUAUUUUAUCCUGUAUAGUAAAUAGUGUUUUUCCUACCACUACAGGUAGCUCUAAAAUAAACACAUUUGUCUCUGUUCCUUUGAGUAUACAUCACAGGGCCAGGCUAGUUGGCUCAAUUGUCAGUAUAUAUGCUCCACAUGAGCCUCCACCCACCUCUCCUCAUCUACCCUCAUCAGCAUAUUCUUCUAUUCCUUUCUCCCUAAUGUAUGUCUCAAUAUAUCAAUUGUGGUAGGGAAGGGGCAAGCUGGGUUGAUGGUGGAGUGAGCCCCAGGGUCCAGUGCCCCUGUGUCCAGGUUACAGAGGAGCCAAAGAGAAACCAAUUGGGCCCAGAACAUUGUGCACAUCCUUUUACUCUGGUUGUCUUUGAUCCUCAAGUAAUUUUCUGCUUUUUUUAACCAUGUUUAAUUUCAUUAAUAAACUUUUAUCAGUAAAAUUA